AUGCUCCACGAAUGCUCGGACAAAUCAACCAUCAGCAACACCAUUUUCAACCAUCAGUCUUAUCGACGACGCAGCCGUAAAUAUUCCUCAAGCAAAUUAGAAACCAUUUUGGCGCCAAUUCGCACACUGAAGGAGAUGUUACUCUCGGGUGAUGCUGCUCACCCGUCGCACACUUGUUUGUACUAUGUUCGUGCUUAUAUAAGAUUACUCGGCUUGUGGCCGUCGCAACGUGGUGUGGAGCAGCCCAUGUACUAUGCAUACAAUGUGCUAAUUAUGACCGUUUUUAGUUUCUUUGUGGCAACCAUUAUUGCUGAUCUUUAUGUGGCGAGCAGCGACUUCGUGCUUUUGGGCGAGGAUUUGGUCGUGGCCUUGGGUCUUUACUUGAUUCUCUUCAAAAUGAUACUCUUUCGUAUGAGCACUGCUGACGUCGAUGUAAUCGUUGACGAGUUCGAUGCUUUGCACAUGAAAUUCGCACGAGACACAUCCGAUAGCCCGCAUAUUAGACGGAUACGACAAUUGCAAAGAAGUUUCUUUUUGGGUGAAGCUUCUUUCUUCUGCGGUUUUUUCUUUCUCAGUCUCUUUCUUUUUGCUGCAAUGAGCCUACAACCGUUACUCACACAUCAAGCAUUACCUUUUCGUUGUGUUUUUCCCUUUGGACUCCACGAUCCGGAUAAGCAUCACAUUACAUUUGUCUGCGUCUACGCAUUUCAAUGCUUUUGCACGCUCUAUAUGUUGGUAUCCAUAGUGGUGAUGGAUUCUCUGGGUGGCAACUCUUUCAAUCAGACAACAUUGAAUUUGCAAAUUCUAUGCGAGAGUAUACGUCAUAUUGGUUACGCUGGUGGUCGCUCAACCACAAUAACAGAAGCCGUUUUGUGGCGAGAACUGAGAGAGAAUGUGGAGUUUCAUGUGAAAAUCAUAGAGUUAGUGGAUGGCAUAAAUCACACCUUCUAUUGGAAUUAUGUCUCACAAAUGGGCGCGAGCACUUUCAUGAUCUGCUUGACGGCUUUUGAAGCACUCUUGGCAAAAGACCAACCAAUGGUGGCUAUGAAAUUUCAAACUUACAUGUUCUCCGCUUUUAUGCAGCUCUUCUACUGGUGUUUCAUGGGCAAUCGGACUUAUUAUGAUUCCAUGGAGGUGGCCACGGCAGCGUAUGAGGUUUACGCUUGGUAUGAGCAUUCGCCGCGUCUGCAGCGGAAUCUGUUGUUCAUGAUUAAACGCGCUCAGAAGCCUUUGGAGUUUCGUUCAAAGCCGUUUUUCGGCUUUACAUUCGCCUCGUUCAACAGCAUUCUAAGCACAUCCUACUCCUACUUUGCUUUGCUACGCACCAUGAACGAUUGAGAAAAU